GCUUUGCGCACCGAGGUCCCUUGCACUGAGCCGCUCGCCGAGGCUUUAUGUUGACUGCGCAUGCGCGAGCUCUUCCUUUUCCAGCUGCGAAGAUGGCGGGCGAGGAGGCAAAGAAGAAGCUCCCCUCAGUUCCUGAAAGCCUUUUGAAGAAAAGGAAGGCUUUUGCUGAGCUAAAAGCCAAACGUCUGAAGAGGAUGUUGGCUCAAAAGAAGUUGCGAAAGGAGGAACGAAAACUCAUCUAUAAAAGAGCCCAGGCCUACCACAAAGAGUACAGACAGAUGUACAGACGAGAGAUUCGCAUGUCCCGAAUGGCCCGCAAAGCUGGCAAUUACUAUGUACCUGCUGAACCCAAGCUGGCAUUUGUGAUCAGGAUCAGAGGAAUUAAUGGCGUUAGUCCCAAGGUUCGCAAGGUAUUGCAGCUCCUUCGUUUGCGUCAGAUUUUCAAUGGCACAUUUGUGAAACUCAAUAAGGCAUCCAUUAAUAUGCUGAGAAUUGUUGAACCUUACAUUGCAUGGGGUUAUCCUAACUUGAAAUCUGUGCAUGAACUGAUUUACAAGCGUGGCUAUGGGAAGAUCAACAAGCAGCGCAUCCCUUUGAGUGAUAAUACUCUGAUCAAGAAAUCCCUGAAAAAGUGUGGCAUCAUUUGCAUGGAAGAUCUGAUCCAUGAAAUCUAUACCGUUGGCAAAAACUUCAAAGCAGCAAACAACUUUCUGUGGCCAUUCAAGCUGUCAUCUCCACGGGGUGGAAUGAAGAAGAAAACCAUUCAUUUUGUAGAAGGUGGAGAUGCAGGAAACAGGGAAGACCAGAUCAACAGGCUCAUAAGAAGGAUGAAUUAAUAAUGGAGCUCAGAUGAUGACUUCUCCAUGCAUUCUUAAUAAAAAAAAGAACUUUCGUGCAAAUACAAA